GUGCGCGCGGGCGCCGCGCCGAGCCUGGUCUCGAGCCGGAAGCCGACGGAGCGCGAGUGCUGGUGGAUGAUGAGAGAAGAGGUGAAACCCUCCUGUGCGAAAGCGGAGGCGGCUGUGACCGAACUGAUAGGCGAAGGUACCAUCUCAAACCCAUAGAUACAGCACAGGUAUUCCGUAAAUGGAGUAGUGCCCACCCUGAGCUGGGCGCGGCAAACCUAUCUGCUUCCGAUCACUGGGAUUGACUCCUUCCUCAUCUGCUCGCGAGGCGUGAUACACAGCAGAGAGCACCAGCAACGAAAUGGCAUAGAGGAGCGCCUGGUGGCCGAGGAAAAAUGGCCCUCUGCACUAACGGCCGGACUAUAUGAGACGGUAGCUAUACCAGCGAGGAUCAGCGUUGAUGCUGGACACACCACUGGCUGAAUGAUCCGGCUGUUUCCCUAACUACCCCGCCCCGCGCCACCAUCCCUUCCUCUUGACUCACGGCUCUCCACUCAAACCCAACCCCCUCUGGUGAGCAGUGCCCAGAAGCAGGAACGGCUGUAGACAGCUUGGAAAUUUUUUUUGUGUUUAUUAAAAGCCAGCACGGUGAAGCUGGCUCACGCUCUAAACAAUCACUGUAAAAGAUUUCCUGACCAGGGGGCCUACCCGAAAGUGACACAUUUCCUCUUAACCGAGGGUGACUGGCUGACACCCAAGGCUGCCAAAGUACAGAAAGCAAAGUCAGCUCUCAGCACACGCUCACACAAAGGAGAGAGAGGAGGAAGAAUUGGAAACAACUGGAUUUUCGAUAAUUUACUCUCGGAGUAAGGAACCCGAGGGUACGACUCGCCCUCCACUUCACACUUGGUGCAAUCCUCUCCGUGGAAGAAAUGGGCAGAUAGGAUCAACGCCACUUCUCCUGGUUGAUGGAGUUGGACUGACAGAGCCGGGGUUUUGGGGGGGGGAGGGGGGUGGGGGAAGAAGAGGAAGCGAGAAGCAACGCUGGGAAAGGCAGAGAGAGAGAGACAUGGUGCGGCGGGCCAACGUGAUCGUCUGGGGGGUGCUGCUUUUCAUCGGCUGGAACCUGCUCCUGCUCUUCUUCCUGCUGGGCCGGCCGCCGCCGCCGUCGUCGUCGUCCGGGGGAGUGGGGGGAGCCGGGGACACCGACCCGGAGCAGCUGACCCUCGAGGUGGUGCGGGUGGCCGAGGAGGUGGAGGCCGAGCUGGAGAACCAGAAGCGGUUGCUGCAGCAGAUCCAGCAGCACCGGGGCCUGUGGCGGGCUAAGGCUCCCACCGCCGCCCGUUCCUCCCUCCCGGGGGGCAGCGAGGCGCAGGAGGAGGAGGAGGAGGUGCUGCCGGUGCUGGUGAUCGGCUGCGACCGGCCCACCAUCCGGCGGUGCCUGGACAAGCUGCUGCAGUACCGUCCCUCCAAGGAACUCUUCCCGGUGCUCGUGAGCCAGGACUGCGGCCACGAGGAGACGGCGCGCGUCAUCGCGUCGUACGGUGACCAGCUCGUGCACCUGCGCCAGCCGGACCUGUCGGAGCCGCGCGUGCCGCCCGAGCACCGCAAGUUCCGCGGCUACUACAAGAUCUCGCGUCACUACCGCUGGGCGCUCAACCAGGUCUUCCGCAACUUCCGGUACCGGGCCGCCGUCGUGGUGGAGGACGACCUGGAGGUGGCGCCCGACUUCUUCGAGUACUUCCGGGCGCUGCUGCCGCUGCUGCGCCGCGACCCGAGCCUGUGGUGCGCCUCGGCGUGGCACGACAACGGCAAGGAGCAGAUGGUGGAGUCCGGGAGGCCCGAGGCGCUGUACCGCACCGACUUCUUCCCGGGCCUGGGCUGGAUGCUGCUGAGCGACACCUGGGAGGAGCUGGAGCCCAAGUGGCCCGACGCCUUCUGGGACGACUGGAUGCGCGGGCCGGAGCAGCGGCGCGGGCGCGCGUGCGUGCGGCCCGAGGUCUCGCGCACGGUGACCUUCGGCCGGCGCGGGGUCAGCAACGGCCAGUUCUUCGACCAGCACCUGCGCUUCAUCAAGCUCAACGACCGCUUCGUGCCUUUCCGCCGCCUCGACCUGUCCUACCUCAGCCGGGAGCUGUACGACCCGGCCUUCGCCCGGCAGGUGUACGGCUCCCCGGCCGUGCGGGUCGACGAGCUGCAGCGGGGCGAGCGCUCCGAGCUGCGCCGGGUGCGGGUGCAGUACUCGUCCCGGGACACCUUCAAGGCCUUCGCCAAGGCGCUCGGCGUCAUGGACGACCUCAAGUCGGGCGUGCCCCGCGCCGGCUACCGCGGCGUCGUCGCCUUCGUGUACCGAGGCCGCCGCGUUUACCUGGCGCCGCCCCAGGACUGGACCGGAUACGACCCCACCUGGAGUUAGCACACCCCCCCCCCUUUUUUUUUCUCUGCCUCUUCCUUCAUAGCCCUGUCCCUGUCAGGGAGCUGGUCAAAGCUGGAGCUGUUGGGGGCUGGGUGGUUGUUGGUGUUUCAACCCUGGGACCGCCGCCUGUUAGGAAUGGGGAGGGGGGAGGAGUGUUUAAACGAGUUGUAAAUCCGCACCCACCUUCCCCUUGAUUCAGUCGGGUGAGGAAGGUUUGCAAACUUUGGGAAGCCAGACUUGCUGCUGACCCGGGGGGGGGGGGGGG